UUUUCAUCUUCCACUUUCAAAUUAAAUGAUAACAAUAAUGCAAAUAGCUCCAAGAAAGCUAUUAGGAAAUUUAAAGUGCCAAACCAAGAGUUAAUGAUUGCAUUCACUUGCAAAAAAUGCAACACAAGAUCCUCGCAUGUAAUGUCGAAACAGGCUUAUACUAAAGGAACAGUUUUAAUUGAGUGCCCCGGUUGCAAUAAUAGACAUCUUAUCGCAGACCAUUUAAAGAUCUUUGGUGAUGAUCAUAUAACGAUUGAAGAUAUUUUAAAGGCGAAAGGUGAAUCAGUUGCAUCAACGACAAAUGAUUUGGCAUUUGAAGAUAUCCCAGAAAGAUUAAAGGGUAUUUUAGGCAAAUAUGCCAAAAACACUCCUGAAGACUUUCAAAAUCAAAAUCAAAAU